CCCAUUUAAUCGGUCCAACCCUAAACCUCUCACUUCCUUUCUAUGUCCGUCGACUCCAGUGGAAGGACAGUGAGCUUCGCCUGUCAUCGCCCUUUUGUUAAAUAAGGCUGUAUUCCACGAGGAACCGCCGUACUCCAGACUGCUUGCGCCUUUCGCGAGAGCAACCCUGCCGCUUAGAUGGAUACAGAUAGCCUUCGUGUCGUCUCAGCUUCGAAAAUAAAAUAAAUGUUUUUGGUGCAUGCGCUUUUAAACGUGCGCCUUGUUUUACUUUAUUAUUUUUUUUACUCUUCAUUUAAUAUUUUCUUUGAAAAAACAACAACCACAACGUAAAACUGCGGUCUCAUAACGCUGCCUCACGGUACGAUACUAGCUCUGAAACACCUGCACCGAAGACCGACCAACCUUCGCCUGAACCAAGACUGCUUCGACUUCGCAUUCCGGAGGAUUUGACUGGUGUACGACAGCGUCACAUAUCUCAUAUCUAAAAGGUCCAGGAUGAUGGGCGUGGCCCUUGGCGUGGUCCUGGGCGUGUUCGCAGGAAGGCCUGUGUUCCUCUUCGUCGCCCUGCUCCUCGCAGUGACGCUGGGCUCCGGUUUGGGGCAGCCCCAGGUGAGGGUGCACAGGGUGACCCGCCAGCCCACGCGGGAGCGGCUCGGGGGCGACGCCCUCCUGCUCUGCUCCCCGCCCCCCUCCCAGCAGCAGGACGGCCCCGCCCAGGACCCGCCCACCGUCAGGUGGACCAAGGCGUGGGGGCAGCGGGGGGGCGACGACGGGGAAGCCCCGCAGGAGCAGUCCGUGCUGGUCGCCCGGGGCAACGUCCUGGAGGUGACCAAGGCCUUCAUGGGGAGGGUGUCCCUGCCCGGUUACCACGGCAACCACUACAACGCCACGCUGGCGCUGGUCGGCCUGCGCUCCAGCGACUCGGGCGUGUACCACUGUGAGGUAACCGUGGGCGACGAGGUGGAGCACAACACUGUCCCGCUGGAGGUCAAAGGGCUGGUGUUCCAUUAUCGCUCUCCGCGCGGCCGAUACGCCCUGUCCUUCGCGGACGGCCAGCGCGCCUGCCUGCAGAACUCCGCCGUGAUCGCCACGCCCGCCCAGCUGCUCGCCUCCUUCUACGACGGCUACGAGAACUGCGCCGCCGGCUGGCUCUCCGACCAGACCGUCAGGUAUCCAGUCCAGUCACCGGGGCCUGGUUGCUAUGGAGACGGGGACGACUCACCUGGCGUGAGGAGCUACGGUGGCAGGGACGCGGGCGAGCUGUACGACGCGUACUGCUUCGCCGCGGAGAUGACAGGUGAGGUGUUUUUCUCCUCCGCCCAGCAAAGGCUGACCCUCUCCUCAGCCCGGUCCCGCUGCAGGUCCCUGGGGGCGGAGCUGGCCACAGCAGGGCAGCUCUUCCUGGCCUGGCAGGCGGGGCUGGACCGCUGUGCCCCCGGCUGGUUGGCCGACGGCAGUGUCCGUUACCCCAUCAACCAGCCCCGCCCCGACUGCGGCGGAGACAAGCCCGGCGUUCGAACCCUGUACCGCAGCCCCAACGGCACCGGUUACCACGACACCUCCGCCCUCUUCGAUGCGUACUGCCACACAGACUCCGUCGCCGGGCUGGCUGAUUGGCGGACGGGGACCCUGAGUCUUGCCGCUCGUAAAGCGGCGGUUUUCUCGGGGGCCGGGGGCCCGUCGGCCCUGACGGGGGCCCCAGGCGGCUGGCUCAUGGGGAACGGCGGGCUGUCGCUCGGUGUCGCCGCCCUGGGGGACGCGCCCGGAGGUGCGCCGCCCGCUUUAGCGGCUGUCGUCGGUCGCCGUAGCGAUCCAGGGAGUGCACCGCCGAGGCCGGAGACGGUGGGAGGGGCCAAAGUGGAGGUCCCGCCCACCUCCCCAACAGACAAGCUGGAGAUCCAAUCGGGAUUGAGCAGGGAGCUGGAAGAGGAGGAGCCAGGUCGGGCCUGGAGAGAUGUGAUUGGCGGGUCGGACGGUCAGCAGGACCCCUCCCCCACCACGGAACGCCCAACCGCGGACCCGGCCUCUGACCCGCCCGUGACCGCGGGGUCCUCAGCUUCGCCGGAAACCGAAGGAGAGCUGCCACCCGCUCAUCGCCGUGGCAACAGCGUGGAACCGCGAGCCGGCUCGGGCGGGAGCGACACCGGCCCGGGACAGCCCGUCUCAGAGGAGCAGGACCGCCGGAACCCCAAAAUGUCCGCUGGGGGCACUCCGCCCCCCGGUCACGUGACCGUCCCUCCAGACCCCAGGCUCUCCUCUGAGGCUCCGCCCCCCGUGGACACCCUGGCCCCCUCUGAGGUUUCGGACACGCCCCCCUCCACCCAUCUCGCCACGGCACAGCUCCCCGUCUCAGGUGCAGAAGACACGCUCCCCACAGCCACAGACACGCCCCCGCAAGCCCCAGGAGAGGACCGCCCCACCGGCACUGAGAACAGCUCCCUAAGCCCCGCCCCAGAUACAGGCGCCUGCCAGUCGAACCCGUGCCAGAACGGGGGCACCUGCAUCGACAAGACCGAGUCCUUCAUCUGCCUGUGCCUGGCCAGCUACGGGGGAGCCACCUGCGACAAAGACACCGAGGGCUGUGACCGCAGCUGGAAGAAGUUCCACGGUCACUGCUACAGGUACUUCACCCACCGGCACACCUGGGAGGACGCCGAGCGGGACUGCAGGGAGCACGGCGGGCACCUGGCCAGCGUCCACUCAGCCGCCGAGCAGGACUUCCUCAACGGUUUGGGGCACGAGAACGCCUGGAUCGGCCUGAAUGACCGCACGGUGGAGGAGGACUUCCAGUGGACGGACGACAUGGAGCCGGAGUAUGAGAAUUGGCGGGAGAACCAGCCGGACAACUUCUUCGCGGGCGGCGAGGACUGCGUGGUGAUGGUGGCCCACGAGGACGGGAAGUGGAACGACGUGCCCUGCAACUACAACCUGCCGUACAUCUGCAAGAAAGCUACAGUGCUGUGCGGACAGCCCCCUGCCGUGGACAACGCCUUCCUGAUUGGCCGGAAGCUUGCGCGUUAUGACAUCCACUCCGUGGUGCGAUACCAGUGCGUGGAGGGGUUCCACCAGCGCCAUGCCGCCACCGCCAAGUGCCGCCCCAGCGGGAAGUGGGACACGCCCAAGAUGGUCUGCACAAAGUCCCGGAGACCGCACCGUUACCGUCGCCACCACCACCGGUCUCGCCGGGAGCGCCGGAAGCACAAGAGGGCUCACCAGGGCGGCGCGGAGGGCCACGCCCACGACUGAGGCCACAGUCAAUCCCGUCACCCGCGCUCUCUCUCCGGCACCGCCCCCUGCUUUUCCCACCCCCCUCUCCCCCGUCCCUGUCCUGUCCUGUCCUGUAAUAACUCCAACACCCAGCCCCCAGCCCCCAGCCCCCAGCUCCAACACCCAGCCCCCGAGGCUCCAACACCCAGCCCCCGAGGCUCCAACACCCAGCCCGAGGCUCACUCAUUUGGGGAUGGAAUUCUACCCAACGCCGAGGCUUGAAAGGGCUCCGCUAGGCCUCAAACUGACUCUUUAUCUGUUUCUUUCUGUACGUUGUCCUCCUCUUCCCCCCUUUCUUUACCUGUGUCCUUUGCUUCUGUUCUUAAAUUUGUUGUGGGGUCUUUCGCACUUGUGCUAAUCCACAACCGCCCCCCCCCCACCCCCACACCCCUUACAUUUUUCCUAAAUCAGUUUUCGUCGUUAUGUUUUUGUUCGCUGUUGUGAGUUGGGUUUGGUAAAUGACCACUUGUAAAUAUCACGCAAAAAAAUAUAUAUUGCAAAAAAAAAAGGUGAGAAUAAGCUAAUUAGGAACACACAAGCAAUCCUACUCUUUGAAUGAAAAACAUGCCUGAGUCUUUAAUUUUAUUUAAUUUUUUUCAAAAAAUGUUUUUGUAUUCCAUGACCAGAAAUGAGUUUGGACUACAGAUUUUAAUGCCCAUCCUUAUUCAUACUCAAUUGUUUUAAUUUUUAUUUUUUAUUUAAAUGACUUGCCAAAUAUUUCAAUCGACCACUUUAUUGUGCCCUUGUAAGACGUUCUGUUUGUCCCAUCCUGGGAGCCGUAGUGUUGUAGAGUGAAUUUCUUACGUCUUUUGUUGAAACUCUGGAGUAAAGGGACCCCAGGAAGACCUGGGUUUCAUCUGCACAUGUUCUCCUCACGAUAUCACUCACCGUUUCUGUGCUAACGUAAUGACUUCCUGCAGUCAAAAGAUGUGGCCGCUUCGUACGGCCAAUCAGAAGGACAGAAAAAAACACAAUGCAAUGCACCUGGUUGUCAGAUCUCAUAAGGUCUAUGCUCUUCUUUUCUGUCUUUCUCUCACUUUUCUCUGUCCCUCUCUUCUGCUUUCAGACUCUUAUUCUACCCUUCUGUUUUUCUCUCUCCCUCUCUCUCUCUCACACACACUUGCGCUCUCGCUCGCUCUCUCUCUCUCCCAUAUUUUUAUAUAAAUGCCAUUUUACUUGCUGGUAAUUUCUUACGGUGUAUUCUAAAAAAUAUAUAAUUUGAGUUGCCGGCAAAAAUAACAAAAUCAGUUAAAAAACACUGACACUGAAGCAGCUUUUGUGGUAUACACCAACAGGACAGCAACAAACUGAAACAAGAACAAGCAUCUUUCUGUGAUGUAAAUAUUCUGUGGGAUUUAAAAUUGUUUGAAAUCUGGUUGUGUUCAUUCCUUAAGACUCCCCGGACCAAAUUCACACAGUGACCUCCCCCCACCCCCUAUCACCACCACCACCACCACACACACACACUAUCGAACACACAAGUGCACACAAACAGACAUAUCACUUUGCAUGGCCUUCCUGCCAUCUGUGACAAACAGACGCAGGGAGAUCAGGGAUAGAAGUGCAGUAAAUCCCUAGAGGGGGAAAGAAUCAUUGAGAUUGAGAGCGAGAGAGCGAGAGCGAUAGAGAGAGAGAGAGAGAGAGAGAGAGAUAGAGAGAGAGAGAGAGAGAGAGAGAGAGAAGAGAGAGAGAGAGAGAUGUACAGUCUGUUGACAGCUUGUCACGUUCCGUUUGCACUGAACUCAGAGUUCAAAAGGAAUGGCUAUAAAAACACGAUCAAAACUACCCUAAUGAGCCACUGCAUACAUGCACACACAAACAAACACACUCGCAUGCACAUACACAUGCACGCACACACCCACACACACACACACACCGUUCCCCUUCGCUUAAUGCCGCACACCAGAACUUAGAGAGAAAAGGCCCGUUUCUGAACGGACGUGUUCUGGCUUUCUGCUGGAUCACGUCACUCCUGGGCUCCUCACCAUCUGAGCAGCAGAACUGUGAGCCCUGCUCUGGGGAAAAUUACUGUGAAUCUGGUCCGUAUUUCCUAUUAAUAUUUAUUGGUGUUAUUAUGAAUUCCAUUCCUGUUAUAGUUAUUGUCUUAUAUUCUUUAUAAGGAUGACAAAGAAUAAAUAAUCAUCAAAACAUUUUAAGAACAUAAAAAUAACGACAACAAAAGAUUGAUCUGAUGUUGAUCCAGUAUGACUGUGUGUUUUCUCUUCUGAUGCUGAACUAUUUCAUAAAUUGUGUUGAAUUAUUA